GGGGGGACAGACAGACAGAGAUGGGCUCGGGCCCCGCGCGGCUCCGGAGUCUGUUCUCCGCCGGGUUUUUGGUGCGGAUUUUCCACACGGCGCUGAGUUGGGCCGUCACCCUGACCCUGUUCCUGCACCAGACAGAUCUGCGACAGAGCGAGCAGCGCGGUGACCUCCUCCAGCCAGUCUGCUUUGUGCUGCUGGUCCUGUGCUCAGUGCUGCUGUAUUUUAUCAUCUCCCUCAUGGAUCCGGGCUAUGUCACAGCUGAUGAAGAGCUGUCCCAGGAUUCUGCAACAAGCCAGGCUGCUGCUGAGGGAGAGAAGGAACCAAUGAUCCCAGGAGAACAGAAAACCUUGCGACUGAGACGCUGUGGGUAUUGCCUGAUCCAGCAGCCGAUGCGUGCAAAGCAUUGCCACACGUGUCAGCACUGUGUGCGCAGGUAUGACCAUCACUGCCCCUGGAUAGAGAACUGCGUGGGGGAGAGGAACCAUCGUCUGUUUGUGCUCUACCUGGCACUGCAGCUCUUCAUACUACUGUGGGGCUUCCAUAUUGCUUGGUCUGGCUUCUCGCCCGCCAUCACGUGGAAUGAUUGGCUGAGGCUUAACGCGUUCCUGCUUAUGGCGUUUGUUCUGAUCAGCGUUUGUUUGGCUGUGGUGCUGCUGCUGCUGGUCUCACACCUCUACCUGGUCUCCAACAACACCACCACCUGGGAGUUCAUGUCCCGCCAUCGCAUCUCCUAUCUCAAGCACUGCAGCACAGAGGAGAACCCUUUUGACCAGGGCAUUGUCAAGAACCUCUGCACCUUUUUUUGCGUGUGGAAGACCAUCGCGUGGGAGAACAUUUACUUUCGAAAUGAAACCAAUCUUGUUUAACAAUGCAAAGUAUUGUCGGUCGCACGUCAGAGGAGUCUGCAGGGUGGUGUUUCUAUAAUCCUAAUAAGGACAAUAAUCCUUUCAUUUGAUACAGCGUCUUAGUAUGUCGUCGAGA